AUGGUAAAAUCAAUUAUUUUUAGAAAUGAUUUAACAAUUGAAUUUAUUGAAUCAAUUAUUAAAGAUCAACUAGAAUUACCAAAACAAGAUUUAGAGAAAAUCAAAUUGAUUGAAUUUAAAAUUCAAGAAAAAUUGUUAGAAGGUGGUUUAAUGGGUGAAAUAUCAAGAGUUUAUUUAAAAUGGGAUAAUAAGAAUGUUGAUAACAAUGAUGAUGAUGAUGAUAGUUUAUCAUCAAUUUCAUUACCAAAUUCUAUUGUUAUUAAAUCAAUUAAAAACGAUAGUGCUUCAUGUAUUGUAUCAUCACUUGAAAGUAAAACAUAUAGGGAAGCUGAAUUUUAUCAAAAACAAAUGAAAUCAAAUAAAGAAAGUGGUAUGAAAUUUGAUUUUUUACCAAUAAUUUAUUAUGCAAAUAAAAAUAAUGAAACUGGUGAAUAUUCAAUUAUAAUGCAAGAUUUAUCAGAAUAUGUAUCGGCUUGUAAAGUGAUGGGUAAUCAAUGUUGGGGUAAAGUCCAAGGUUUGAAUCUAGAUUUAUAUGAUCCAUUUGAAAUUGUAAAGAAAUGUUUUUUAGAGACUUCGAAAAUUCAUAUAGAAAAUUGGGGAGAUUGUAAAAAACUUUUAUCAAAUCAAUCAAAUUCUUGGUUAAAAGAUUUCGAUAUUUAUCAAGGUAAUGAUUGUGGUAAAGAAGAAUGGGUCAAAAAGAAUUAUCAAGUUUUGAAAUCAACAUGGGAAGAAAAGACUUUACCAAUUAUAAAGAAAAUACAAGAACAAUAUAAAGAAACAUCACCAUUAAUUAAUGUUGAUCAAGUUUUGAAAGUUAUUGAAAUUUAUUUUAAUCAUUAUUUAAAAUGGGAACAAUUCAAAACAAGAAUUGAUACAAGUAAUGAAAAGAAUGCAUUCUCUUUAAUUCAUGGCGAUUUUCAUGCUGGUAAUGUUAUGGUGCCAUUGGUUUUAGAUGGCGUUGAGCAACAACAACACAAUAAAAAUGAUAAAUUAUAUCUUUUAGAUUUUAGUGAAAUUGGUUUUGGUUGUCCUUUCUCUGAUAUGGCUCAAUUUAUAAUUAGUAAUUGUGAAAUUAAAUUUAGAAGAGAAAAUGAAGAAAAAUUAUUUAAAAUUUAUUGGAAUAGUUUGUUGGAGUCUGGUAUUGAUUUAGGUAAUUUCCCAUUCGAUUAUAGUUUUAAAAUUUAUAAAAGAGGUGGUAUUGAUAGAUGGAUUAAAAUUAAUAUAUUAAUGAGUCCUCAUAUUCCAGAAUUUGCAUUCAUUUACUUUUUUAAUCAACUCUCUACCUUUGUAAUGGAUCAUUAUUCAAAUGAUUUAUUUAAUUAA